AGAGAACCACCACAAGCGAAAGGAACACAAAAGAAAAAGAAAGAAAGAGGGAGUGGGAUGUGAAAACAUUUAAAGAAAAGAGACAAGAAGGGUGAGGAGGGAAAACUCUUCUUUGUAAGAAAUAGAGGGAAAGGAUAUAGUUUUUGGUUGCAUGUAUUGUGUCUUGUUUCUUUGAAAAGAAAGAAGACCCAUAUAGAAGAUCAGAAAGAUGGAGCUGCUGAAGAGGAAUUUAUUUGAAGAUGUAGCAAUAAUAGGGGGGUUGAUAGGGGUGCAAAUUGUGUAUGCAGGAAACUCCAUAUUGCUAAGUUAUCUUAUGGCUCUAGGCCUUGAAUCUUUCACCAUUGUUAUUUUCUCUACCUUUGCUACCUUCCUCAUUCUCUCCCCCAUUGCCAUUUAUUUUGAAAGGGAUAGGUGGCCCAAGAGACUCAACUCGAGGUUGAUAAUUCGGCUGAUUUUGAUCUCUUUUGGAGGGGUAACUUUAUUCCAGUCCCUGUUCCUAAAGGGGAUCAAUCUAACUUCUCCAGCAAUGGCAACGGCCAUGCCAAACCUUGCUCCAGGGCUUAUCUUCGUCAUUGCUUGGGCUUUUAGAUUAGAGAGAGUGAAACUUAGUUGCACGUACAGCAAAGUGAAGAUUAUAGGUACGUGCCUGUGCGUUGUAGGUGCUCUCAUAAUGAGCAUAAUGCAGAGCACUGGUGUCCCAACUGAAGAGUCUCCAUUAACAUCUCCCUCAGCACCAGUCUUUGAUAAACAAAAAAUUAUCGGUUGCCUCUACCUCAUCGCUGCAAUUUUUGUAUUAUCCAGCAAUGUUGUAUUGCAGGCUACAACAAUGGUUGAGUUUCCAGCACCAAUAUCCUUGUGUGCAAUAACAUCCUUGAUCGGUGUGACUAUAACUGCAGCUAUCCAAUUAAUUCAAGAUCACAAAAUUGAAACCGGUUGGCCACUUGUGAGCGUUGGAAACUUGAUUGGCUAUUCUCUACUGGCAGGUGCUGUAAGUGGAUCAUGUCUAAGCUUCAACAAUUGGGCCAUGAAAAAAAGAGGGCCGGUCUUGGUGUCCACAUUUAGCCCCGUCAGUACAGUCUGCACAAUCAUUUUCUCUGUGGUCACCUUAGGAGAAACCGUUAAUAUUGGAAGCAUUGCUGGUAUGUUCCUCAUGUUCACUGGCCUUUACUUUGUGCUUUGGGCUAAAGGAAAAGAAGGUUAUUAUGAGGGGGAUGGCCUCGAAAGUGAGUUCGAUGCAGAGAAGCCUCUAUUAAGUUAAUAUUGUAGUUAGCAAAUGUGUAAUAAUAUGUUUUUCAUCGAUAAAAAUUAGAAGAAAAUGGAAAGUAAGAAACAAAAACAGUGACUUGUUCCUAAUGUGCCUAAAAGUCAUGCAUAUAUGUGAAUGAUAUAAGAGAGCAAGCUUUGGAUAAAUGUGAUCAAAACAUUGUUCUAA